UGUAUUUUUAAGUUCAUGGGUAAUGCUUUUCUGUGGAACAGAUACAAACAGAAGAAGGAGGUGGAGCAUAGGUUGUCUGCACUGAAAUCUGCUGUGGAAAGUGGCCAAGCAGAUGAUGAGCGUGUUCGCGAAUAUCACCUCCUUCACCUUCGGAGGUGGAUUGGUGUCAGCUUAGAAGAGAUUGAGAGCAUUGACCAGGAAAUAAAGAUCCUGAAAGAAAAAGACUCUCCAAGAGAGGAAUCAGCUUGUCACUCAACUCUUCCAGAGAAGCCUCCAAUGAAACCCUUCAUCCUCACUCGGAACAAGGCACAAGCCAAAGUAUUUGGAACUGGUUAUCCAAGCCUGGCAACUAUGACAGUAAGUGACUGGUAUGAACAACAUCAGAAAUACGGAGCAUUGCCAGAUCGGGGAAUAGCCAAGCCGACAUCAGCUGAUUUCCAAAGAGCAGCUCAGCAGCAGGAAGAUGAAGAGCCAAAGGAUGAAGAGGGUGAGGAAAGAGCCCUGCACAGGAUGCGAGAGUGGGACGACUGGAAGGACACCCAUCCCAGGGGCUAUGGUAACCGGCAGAACAUGGGCUAGUCAUUCCAAAAGGCCAGAGGACAACGUGGUGCACACCUUCACACCAAGGACAACUUCAGGAGGGUGCAGUGAGGACAGCCAUGUGGAGUCUUGCUUUGCAUUUGAUAGUGUCAAAUAAUUGCUUGUACCCUAGGUAAUGACCAGUGAAUUUUUGUUUGGCUUUAUUAAUCUCAUCAUGCUAUAUUCAGAUUUCUUAAGUGGUCAGAAAAGAACACCAAGAAAUGGAUCUAUAUAACCAACGAUAGUAUGAAUUGAUUCUCUUUUAAAAAAAUUAAAUAAAACCCCCUCUAUUAUGUGGGCCUAUGUAUAAA